GGAGAGCCACGCGACACGGUCUUCUGCUACGUCUGCGAAGAAGUGAGUUGUCCUGACAGGAUGCGGGCAGCCAUGGCGAUGUGGACGGUCCUGCUGCUGUUGGUUGUCAACACAGGUAGCGUAACUGCUGGCCGUUAUGGGGGCUAUGACUACUGGGUAAACCACAAUUUGUUGUCCUACUGGGACGCAAUGAAUAGCUGCGGUGGUGGCCAUCUUGUGGACUUCAGUAAAGGGACAUCUGACGGUAGCUUUAACUGGGAUAUUCAGAGCUACCUCGCUCGGAAUGUUCUUGGCAACUACUGGCAUCUCUUUUGGGCUGGACUCCGGGAGUACAAUGGGAUGUGGAAAUGGUGGCCCGGUGGCAGACCUGCUACGCAUAUUCCCUGGCAUGGGGGCCAACCAAAUAAUGGAAAUCAAAACUGCGGCCUAUGGAAGUGGAAUGUUGUGUACAGAGUCUGGGCCUUUGAUGACGAGUAUUGUACCACAGUAUUCAAAUCCAUUUGUCAGAAAGACGUCAACGAAUGCUCCAGUAACAACGGAGGCUGCGCACACAACUGUGUGAACACUGAUGGGAGUUACCACUGUACCUGUCGGACUGGGUACGAGCUGUCUGGGUCAAGGACCUGCGUUGACGCCAACGAAUGCUCCGGUAACAACGGAGGCUGUAACCACGGCUGUACGAACACCGUUGGGAGCUACCGCUGUACCUGUCGGACUGGAUACAGGCUGGCUGGGCCAUGGACCUGCGUUGACAUCAACGAAUGCUCCAGUAACAACGGAGGCUGCGCACACGACUGUGUGAACACUGAUGGGAGCUUCCACUGUACCUGUCGGGAUGGGUACCAGCUGUCUGAGUCAAGGAACUGCGUCGACGUUGAUGAGUGUCUUGCCAACGGAGGAAGAGGUCCCUGUGACCACAUCUGUACGGACGAGUUGGGGAGCUACCGCUGCUCCUGUAGAGACGGAUACGAACUGGGUUCUGAUGGCUUCUCGUGCGUUGCUCCUUGCAGCGAGGACUUCACACCACCUCAGCACGGCUCGGUCACGUGCGGCGAUGUUUCAACCGGCGGAAGAUUCUGCACUGUGGCCUGUAACGCGCGGCACGAGUUCGCCUGCCGACCCGCGGACGGUUACAGCUGUGACACGGAUGGCAAUUGGAACCUGCUCGGUCGAUCAACCUGUGAUGCUGACGAACUGCCUGGAGAUGCGCUGUGGCCAGAUUGCUCGCGGAUGCAUUUGGCUUGGAUGCCUCAGAUGGCCAAUGCCGAUUACUACUAUGACGGAGACUGCCAAAACAACGUUGCUGAGAUCAUACAGAUGUUUGACCGCCUGUUCAACACCCUGGGUGGAGCAGCAUCCUCGGGAUCAGGAACGAGUAACAUUGAGAACAUCAACGUCGCCUGUGGCGAGACUACCCGAUCCUCGGGAAACACAAACACCAGUGAGGGAAGACUGGAACAGCUCAUUGCUAAGCUCUGUGAGAAUCAGCCUGACGGUUCUCUCCAGCCUCACCCGUAUGACUGCUCCAUGUACAUCCAGUGUCACCAGGCGGGACAUGAUGCUGUGUUUGACUGUCCUCCGGGCACUCGCUGGAGCCAGGAGCUGCAGACCUGUGCCAGGGCGGAUCUGGUCACCUGUGACUAGAAACGAUGAACCGAUCUGGACUGUGACGGACGAAGUCAACGGACGGACUAAAGAAGUACCAAACUGCAACUCUGCUCAUCUUUCAGCACCAGUACAACGACGCAAUGCUACAAAGGCAAAUCAGAAAAAAAACUGCAUCUGCAUGCUCGCUUACUUUUCCUGAAAUGCUAAUAAAGAGGUUUACCCUAAAU